AUGCCGUCGCCAAUUGACGACUCCCUCCAAGCUCGCAUAUCCCCCGAAUGCCCCCAAGAGACCCGUGACAUCCUCUACCACGCAUGGGGCCAUGACCGAAGCGGCCUGAAGAAGCUCCUCAACGAACGCGGCAAGGCCAGCAUCCAGGAUCCCAAGACGGGCGAGACCCCGCUCCAUGCUGCGAUUCGCGCCUGCGGCCCGGCCGACGAACCGACUGAAGGCGAAGAAGAAGAGGAAGGGGAAGAUGGAAGCGUAGAGGAGGCUACGGAGGUGGUCCGAGAUUUGUUCCUCAACGGCGCCAUUUGGAAUGAUGUCGAUGCCAACAACGAGACUCCCGGCUGCGUCGCCCACCGACUCGGUCGUAAAGCCUUGUAUAACCUCUGCGUCGAUGCUGGCGUCCGCGCAGAGCUUCUGUUUGCCCUGAUGGACGGCUACGAGGAGCUGUCCUCCGGCGAAGAAGAAGAAGAAGACGAGGAUGCCGACGAGGUCAUGAAAGAGCAAGAGGAAGCUGCUGCUGCUGCCACUGAAGAAGCAAAGGUUGAAGAAACCGGCGCCGAUGCCGAAGAGCCCCUCAAGUUCAUCCCCCCCGAUGUCAACGAAAUACCCGUCACCAGCGAAGAAUACCUAAAAUCUAAACUCACCUACGACGACGACAAGCUCCUCGACUCCGACCUCAACGGCGUCAUGAUGGCCUGGGAGACCGACAUCAUGCGCCGCUCCGUCGCCGCCCUCAUCCCCGAAGCGACCCAACAGCAGGGCAAGCGCGUCCUCAACAUCGGCUUCGGCAUGGGCAUCAUCGACAGCAUGUUCGCAGACCUUAAGCCCUCGAAACACCACAUCAUCGAGGCGCACCCAGCCGUCUUGGAGCACAUCGCCAAGCCCGACUCCAAGUUUGGCUCUGAAUGGGAGAAGAGCGGGCCUGAAGAGGGUGCUUACAAGGUAUUUGCUGGUAAAUGGCAAGAUGUGGUUCUGCAGCUCUUAGAGCAGGGUGAGCUUUACGACGCCAUCUACUUUGAUACCUUUGGGGAGGACUAUUCACAGCUACGAAUGUUCUUUAUGGAGCAUGUUCCUGGCCUGUUGGAUCAGGAGGGACGAUUCAGUUUCUUCAAUGGUCUUGGCGCAGACCGGAAGAUAUGCUACGACGUGUACACGCGAGUAGUGGAGAUGCACUGUGCAGAUGCUGGUCUAGAUGUAGAAUGGGACGAGAUUGAUGUUGACAUGGAGAAACUGGACGAAGACGGCGAAGGAGAGUGGAAGGGCGUCCGACGACGAUACUGGACAUUAGACAAGUAUCGACUGCCUGUGUGCACCUUUAUGGGUUAA